ACACGCACCUGGUCAACUGCACCAUGAACCACGAGAACCUGGACGCCGCCAACACGGAGCACAAGAUGAAGGUCCAGUGGACCAAGUGCACGUCGGCGCUGUGCCACCCCAAGGGCAACAACCAGACCGAGCUCGACGAGCAGGGCAAGCCGCGCGUCUGCCCCGUGCAGGUGCGCAUGUCCACCUGCCAGCUCACGUUCGCCGGCAUCAUCUGUCAGGCCUACCAGCACCUGAGCGAGGAGCACGACUCUGCCGAGCCGCUGCAGACGUCCGUGACCGAGGAGAUGAAGACGUACAUUAUCCGCAUGCUGCACGAGAACCCGGAGGUCAAGCCCAUGGCCAUCUACAAGGGGCUCACGGCGCUGCACGAGCAGGGCGCGUUCGGCGCCGACCUCAUGCCCACCAAGAUCCAGCUGCGCAACGCGCUCACAUAUUUAAGAAGCCGCAAGCUCAAGCUGUCCGGCGGUGGUGGUGGUGGUGGCGGCGGUAGUUCUACUGAAGGCACACCCCGGAAGCGGAGAUAUGACUCGUUCUCGGACGGCAGCGAGUCCCCGCCGCUCGAGGAGCACCGCCAGCCCGAGUAUUGAUCGAAACCGUGACCAGUUUUACCCCCAUUCAACGUGAUCCCGAGGCGCCCACCACGCGGUGGCCGUUACCAGGGACUCCGGGAGCAGAUCUCCUGACCUAUCUAUCGCAUCAGCCCCGCCACUUCGCAGUCCGACCUCUUGGAGAACGAACUCACGUAGGCCGUAGGUCGAGGCAAUUCAGCGCAGCGCAACCCUCCGCUGCCGGAUACUAUACAAUAGACGACAACAUUCGCCACAGCUAGACAGCUGAUACAGAGCCGUUUUCCACUUUAGCUCACCCAUUGCGUUUGUACCAGACGCGCGCCACUAAUGCCUGCCUGCCUACACGAUGGAGCUUCUAGGUGCUAGUGUCUUAGGAUGCAUUUCUCCGCCACUCGCAUUGUUGUCGCAUUGAGUAUUGUUGCAACUGCACACGCACCAUCGCGCGCUCCGGCCCUUCGCAGGAGACCGAAACGCUGCAAGUCCAGUGGAAAAUUCCGUGGUCAGCCAGGGAUAAGACGACAUCAACUCCAACCAUUGCUGAUUGCUGUCUUCUCCAGAGCAAUCGCACGCUUUAGAGUCAAGUCGAGUGAGUGCACCACAUUCUGUAUGCAACGUCGUUCGUCCACUUCAACUAUCUCGGCAAAAGUUGAACUCGGCUAAGUGCGAUUUGGUCCAACAUAUUUCGUCUAGACAUACGUAUUCCAGUAGACUAAAAGUACUGACAAUGGAUUUCAGUAAGUAAGUCGGGCAGCUCCCCCUGGCAAAAGAUUUCCCGAGCCUAAAAGCUACUUCACCUCACAAGGACAGACCCAUGAGCAGCGCGGAGGAGAUCGGCAAGAAGGCGGACCUGGGCCCCGAGUACCAGCGCGUGCUGCCGCAGGCGCAGGCCGUGGCGGCCAGCGGCGAGGUGGAGCGCGCGUGCGAGAUGCUGCUGGCGCUGGAGAAGCAGGCGCGGCUGGCCAACGACGUGGCCACGCUCAAGGAGGCGGUGGGCGCUAUCCUGACGCUCUGCGCGCAGCACAAGCGCUGGGAGCUGCUCAAGGACCACGUGGCGCUGCUGGCCAAGCGCCGCGCGCAGAAGUCGGGCGCCAUCACGGUCGUGGUGCAGCGCGCCAUGGAGUUCCUGGCCGAGACUCCCAGCGACGCCGUCAAGAUGGAGCUCAUCAACGCGCUGCGCACCGUGGCCGAGGGCAAGAUCUUCCUGGAGAAGGAGCGCGCCACGCUCACGCAGAUGCUGUCGCGCAUGAAGGAGGCGCGCGGCGAGAUCGACGAGGCCGCCACGAUCCUGCAGGAGGUGCACGUCGAGACGUACGGCGCCAUGACCAAGCUGGAGAAGACCGAGUACAUCCUGGAGCAGGUGCGCCUCACGCUGGCCAAGAAGGACUACGUGCGCGCCAACAUUUUGGCCAAGAAGAUCCUGCGCCGCACGCUCGAGGAGAAGGACUUCCAGGAGUGCAAGCUCAAGUUCUACCACCUCAUGAUCGAGUACGACACGCACGAGAACAACACGCUCGAGCUGUGCCGCCACUGGAUGGCCAUCUUCAACACGGACAUGGUCAAGGACAAGGACGACAUGUGGAAGAAGGCGCUCGAGCACGCCACCAUCUUCGUCGUGCUCUCGGCCUACUCGAACCUGCAGAACGACCUGCUGCACAAGCUCGCCAGCGAGAAGCUCGCCGAGAAGGUGCCGGACUUCGCCGCCGUGCUCAAGAAGUUCACCACCAAGGAGAUCAUCGCCUUCCCCAUGGAGCAGGACGCUGUGCUCAAGCAGCACCCAAUCUUCAACCACGCCGAGCGCGGCGCUGAGUGGUGGAAGACCCUGCACAACCGCGUCGUCGAGCACAACAUCCGCGUCGUGGCCGAGCACUACGAUCGCAUUCGUCUGCCCCACCUGGCCAAGAUGAUCGGACUCUCGGAAGACGUACGUGAGCAGCUCUAUAUAGAUGUGGUUGAUGGAGCUAACUGACAGUGACGCUUGUGUGUUGAUAUGACAGCUGACGGAGAGCAGCAUCUCGACGCUGGUGAGCGACGGCUCCAUCUUCGCCAAGAUCGACCGCCCUGCCAAGCUCGUGUCCUUCCACAGACCACUCUCGCCGGAGGAGCAGCUUUCCAACUGGUCGGGUACGUCCGCCCGCUGUCGCUUAUAUUUUGUUAAUCUCCGGCGAAGUUCUAACCUCUUCGCCUGUGUGUGUUAUUACAGCGGAUAUUUCUCAGUUGCUGCGUCUGGUGGAGACCACGUGCCACUUAGUCAACAAAGAGAACAUGAUCCACAAGAUCUAAGCUCGCUGGCAGCAACAGCCCGUUCGCGCAGUCUGCAGCAGCAGCGCGCCCAGCGAGCAUUUUGCCUAGCAAAUUCUAAACUCAAAGACAGAAAACAGAACCGAAUGCAGCGGCAGCGUAUGCAAGCUGCUCGUGGCUCGUGCCGUACCCUUGUAUGUAUGUCUCCGCGCAUAUAUUCUCGCCAUCACAACCAAAACCGUGUCAGCGAAGUCCUAUCACUACUCGUCCUC